AUGUGGCUUCCGGUGUCGACUAUAGCUGCUAUAUGUGUCUUUAUUGAUGCUACCGAAGGAAGCGGAACGGAGAAUGACCUAGAUGUAGUCUUCAGGGAGAGGACUCACUCCGAUUGGAAAAACGCCUGGCAUCAAGAAAAAUUCUCCAGAUGUAGGGACACUCUCAUAAAACAUCUCUAUUGGGCUUGCGAGAAAGAUAUCUACAAGUUGACUAGAAGAAGCGAUCCCAGCCUAAAUAAAAUUGAAGAAUACGAUGAUAAUAACGAACUUGAAUUUCCUUGGAAAUCACGGCAAGACGCAAAGCGGCUAUUAAGAUUUCGUAGAAGUUUUGAGCGUAGAUCAGGCUCAUCCAUAACUCAUGAAUGCUGCAAGUCUUCGGGAUGUACAUGGGAAGAAUAUGCCGAAUAUUGUCCAACUAACAAACGGUACACCACAUAUGUCAAAUAA